GCUUGAGUGUGCGAAUACAGAAAAAAUGAAGCUGAAAAGACGUGGAGCACGCACUAAAGGAAGCCCCAUGCAUGUGGGAAAUCCAGGAACUAGGUGAGGGUGAAGCUCAACGUGGACAUGCAACCCGGAGCCUUUGGAUGGUUUCGAUCCUAAUCGUUCUGACCCAGGACCUGGUCGUCUUAGUCCAGUCAGCAAGUAACAGUAGCGUACACAUGUGUCGCUUGGUGCUGUGCCUGAUGUUCUACUUGCUCUCUAGUGGAGUUACGCAAAGUCUUCUGAGCUAGUAGCCGACCCGCAUCGACCCUGGUUUCGUCUAAUGAUUUCCC